AUGAUUAGGAUUGAUAGAGUUAUCAAAAAAGUUAAUCUUAAUUUUUUAGAUAAUAUCGUCAAUAUAUUAGAUAUUUAUACUGGCUGUAUUAUAACACAUAAAAAAGAAAAUAUUAGUGAAGACAUUUUUCUAGUAAGUGUCUCUCCAAUAGAAGGAAAUAUAAAAGAGUUUUAUGUAUUUUCUUCACAAAUCAUAUCAAACCCUCUUUUGACAAAUCAACAAAAUUCUGAACAACCUUUAUUAGAUUCUUCUAUAAAAAAAAUAAGAAUUAUUGAUACAGUUUCUAUUGAAAAUAAAAUUAUUGGGUAUAAUACUAUUUUACGUGAAAAAGAUUCCGUUGUAUCUGAGUUUAAAUCAUCAACUGAGGUUCAGAAAGAAUUUAAUUCUCAAUUAAAAUUAUAUUUAAAACGAACAGAGUUAUCUGGCUAUGAGAAGGCUAGAGAUUUAGUACUACCACCAAAUUUAUGUUCUAUAACUCAAAAGUUUGAUAAAUUUGUUAUUAGACAAUUACAAAAAACAAAAAAGUGCUAUCUUGUAAGUAAACGAGAUAAUGGUUCAGAAUUUAUAAAUCAUUUUCUUCAAUUAUUACGAUUUUACCAUCAUAACCAACCAAUUGCUGUUUUAUGUUCUUCAGAAUUAUAUAAGAGUUAUUAUCAAUAUUUUAAUAAAAAUUCUCGUAUUCAAGAUAGUUAUAUUCCUAUUAGUACUCAUUCAAUUUUAUCCACUGACCCAUUUUCAAUGAAUUCUUCUAAUUAUUUUAUUACUAAAUCAAUAUUUACAAACGAUUUUGUCCCUUAUUGUGAUAUUGCAAUAUUUGAAUAUAGUAAUUUAAUACCAAGAGAAUGGUUAACGAAAUUUGAUAUAGUCUUUCAAUGUGGAAUACCUGAAGAAACAUUUUAUACUACAAGUGGUAUUAUUUAUUGGAAUUGUUUACCAAACACAACGAAUUUAUUACCUCCAACUGAUGUUGAUUUAUUUUGUACAAGUCCUUUAAUUACAGUUAUUAUUCCAAUUGCAUAUCAUCAAGAAAUAGAAGUAAAAACUAUUUUAAAUUAUGAAAAAGAAUUUAAGCAAUCUGAUUUUAUAAAUUUAUUAAAUAAAUCUACAUCAUAUAUUGGAAAUAAUUCAGUAUGUCUAAACACUCUUCCGUCAUCAUCUCGAUAUUUUCUUGAUACACUCUUUCAAUUAUUUAAUGACAAGAAAAUUAUUGUCGUGUCAUCAUCAAAUCUGAUUGAAGACAUUCCUCAUAAUUUUAUUAUUUCAUCACACAAAACACUAACUAAUAAACAAAACGCAUCUGAUUUUAAAAAAGAAAAAAGAGGUAUAUUAGUUAUUGAUUUUGAAUCUGUAAUUUUUUAUGGCUUUGAAAAAGUUGAUUUGUUUAUUAAAUAUGGUAAUUAUAAAGAACCUACCACUUGGUUAAAAAGUUCUUUAGGAUUAAAUAGAAACACAUUUAGCAUUGAGUUAAUUCCUGAUAAAUCAUUCUAUGGAUAUUCAUUUAUCUUUGAAAAAAAAGAUUAUAACGAUUAUCUUCAAUACAUAAAGUCAAAUGAAUUUACUGUAAACCGGUUUAGUUCUAUUGAAAUGAUGAAAAUAUUUCAACGAAUUAAUGAUGAAAUUUCAUAUUUACAAAGUCCAAUAGAAUUAAAUAAUUUAAUAAACAGAGAACCAAGUUUCAAAGAGAAUGACCUUUUUAUUCUUAGUGAUAUUGUUGAUACGAUUAGAUCUAAAUUUCCUUUUGAUGAAAAGAGACAUAAGUCUCAAACAGAAUUUUAUGUAAAUCUUCUUUAUAAAAAGAGUAAUUCUCAAAAACCAAAUCCAGUUAACUUGCUCAAAACUAGUGAAUUAGAACCAAAAUCUUCUUUAUUACCUUCUAUUACCAAAAUACUACCAACAGAAGAAAAUUUAAAUAAUAGUGUUGUGAAAAAAUUACCAACAGAAAAUUUAGUUAAUGACGAUGUAAAAAAAAUACUAACAAAAAUUUUAGAUGAUAAUGCUGUGAAAAUACAUAAUAAUGACCAACCUGUUACUGGUAUUCCUUCACAGAGAAAUAAACAUAUUAACAGUAGUUCUCAUACUGCAGUAGCUUCUUCUAUUAAACAAAAACACUUUUAUCUUUCUCCUACUAACAAAUCCAAAAAAUUAGAUGACUGUUUAUUAUCGAUUCCAUUACCUUUAAGAACUCCAACAAAAAGAAGCGUCCCAAUAACAGUGCCACCAAAUAACAAUGAAGUAUAUAAAAAACCAGAUCCUGUAAUAGUUAUAUCAGGUAAUGGAAAUGUUAAUUCAAACCAACCUUCGUCAAAAAGUGAAUCAAAUGUAAUGCUAAGACAAGUGACUAUGCCAACAACUGAUGAACUACCUCCUAUUAUUCAAAACUCAUCAAUUGCCAAAAUCAGAAAAGUUAAUCCAUUUUCAGUGAAUUUGGAUUAUCCAUAUGAAAUAUUACAAAAACAACUUGACAGAUCGAAUGAAUUAAUUCAACACAACACUAUCAAAUUCGAUCAAUCCUAUAAAACAAAUGUAAUUAAUGAUCGGACAAAACUCAUUGACUUUAUUAGUCAAAUUAUUAGAAAUGAAUCUAUAAGAAUUAAUAUUUAUUUAGAUAUUCCUAUUGUUACAGAAGAAUUUAUUAAAUUAAUUUAUUAUUUUGGAUUAGAUCCAAGUACAUUAAAAAGAAAUUCAGUUAUUCUUUCACGCGUACCAUUAGAAAUAUUAAAUACAUUAAGUUAUGAAACAAUGAAAUAUUGUACUUACAAAUUUCCUCAAUUAAAAAAUCAUUUAAAUUUUGUGGAGUACAUCCAAAAAUACGUUAAAGAGAAACAACAAGGAAUCUCUUUAAGAAUUAACCAUAGAAGAAAUAUGUUAUGGACAGAUGAACUUGUUGAUGAAUUUAUGUUAUGUAUUUCAGUUUAUGGUUUUGGUAAUAUGGAACCAAUACUAAAAAGUAAUACAAUAGUAGACGCUUUAAUGAAAUGUAAUUUCCAAACAAAAGAACAAAUAAUUAUGGAAUUAAGACGAAAAUUAUCAGAAAUUUAUUUUGAGAAUUAUUAA